AUGCCCGUUGGCACAAAGAUCUUUCUCCCUUUGCGCGGACGCAUCGGUAUUCGGUCCUUCUCAUCGUCCCGCGCCCGUUGGGAGGCCGCCGCGCCACUACCAUCAAGCAAGCCUGUCGGAGCUUUCCGAGGAGGUGUCUUUGGGUUCCUGACUGGAUCUGUCGCCGCUGGCGCGUCGGUGUACUAUUACAUCCUAGCAGAGUACCGAGUGGCCAAUGAGAUGCUGUCUGAUGACAUUUCGGCACUUCAAAAGGCUACCAUCAAGCUCCAGUCAUACAUUACAGAACUGGAAUCCAGAGUUGAUCAGCUGCACAAGAAGAAAUAG